UUAAACAAAAUCGUUUAAAAAAAUGUUCAUAGGCUCAUGCAGCUGUCUUUUCGUCUCAGUAAUCGAUAAAGAAGCUCUAGCUAGGUACCAACAAAUGUAUCACAGCCCCAUAUUACUUCGUUGUUCGCUCACUGCGAUACUACAUGGGAAGAUGACGAUUGGUGAAGAUAGCACUGUGAAGAACUGAAGAUGAGAGUUUCUGAAAAUCAAAACUUCUGUUUUUAUUUUGGGGUUCUGCUCAUCAUACUGUCAUCUUCAUUAUUUCUUGUGUUCAUUACAGGUUUCGUCCCGCCAAGUUUCUCUGUUCCUAUGAUUAAUUUCUCAGUCCCCUCUAAUUUAUACGUGCAAAAACCGCCACCUUCUCCACCUUCUCCACCUUCUUUGAAUACUUCAGAUUCCUUAGAAAUAUCAGGAGAAGCUCAAGUUUCAUCUCCUUCUGAACAAAAGAAAACAAAACCUCCAUUUUCUCCACCUUCUUUAAACACUUCAGAUUCAACAGAAAUAUCAGAAGCUCAAGUUUCUUCUACUUGGGGACAAAUAAAAACGGCUACUUCCGAGAACUUAUUUGAAGGUGAAAAGCUUGAUGCAGAAUUGAACCAUAAAGGCACAGAAAAAAUUAGCGUUAUUACUAAUGAGAAGGACAAGAAGCUGGAAAAGAUUCAAGCGAGAUUGGCCCAAGCGAGAUCUUCCAUUAGAGAAGCUAGCAAAGUGCGAAACUUGACGUCAAUCCAGCAAGACCCUGACUUCGUUCCUCGAGGACCAAUGUACAGAAACCCCAAUGCUUUUCACAGGAGUUACCUGGAGAUGGAGAAGGUGUGCAAGAUAUUUGUGUACAAGGAAGGGGAGCCUCCGCUGUUCCAUGAUGGACCAUGCAAGAACAUAUACUCGUCAGAAGGAAGAUUCAUACACGAACUCGCGAGGGGGAGGCAUUAUCGUACUGAUGAUCCAGAUGAAGCUUUUGUCUAUUUCUUGCCCUUCAGUGUGGCUAUGAUGGUGAGACAUAUUUCUAGAGUGCCCCGUGAUACCAAGUCCGUUGGUUUUCCUGUGACUGACUACAUUCAGACUCUAUCUCAUAAAUACCCCUUCUGGAAUCGAAGCAUAGGAUUUGAUCAUUUCAUGCUCUCUUGCCAUGAUUGGGGGCCUCGUGUAUCUUCUCAAGUACCUCAAUUGUUCCACAACUCAAUAAGGGUUCUGUGCAAUGCAAAUACAUCAGAAGGAUUCAACCCUGCGAAGGACGCUACACUCCCAGAAUUUAAUCUUAUAACAGGUGAAAUCACAGGAUUAAUCGGAGGCUACUCUCCAUCUCGCAGGAACAUCCUCGCUUUCUUCGCAGGUGGUCUUCAUGGCCAUAUAAGGUACCUUCUUUUUCAGCAAUGGAAAGGAAAAGACCAAGAUGUGCAGGUCUAUGAACAGCUUCCCAAGGGUGUAUCUUACUACGAUCGGCUUAGAAACAGCAGAUUCUGCCUCUGUCCGAGUGGGUAUGAAGUAGCAAGUCCCAGAAUAGUGGAAGCCAUGUUUGCAGAAUGUGUGCCUGUUCUGAUUUCAGAUAGCUACGUGCCACCCUUCAGUGAUGUUUUGAAUUGGAACUCAUUUUCAGUGCAGAUAGAUGUGAAGGACAUACCCAACAUAAAGAAGAUACUCAUGAGAAUUCCUCAGAGACAGUACCUCAGAAUGCAGAGAAGAGUAAAACAGGUGCAGAGACAUUUUGUGCCCAAUGAUCCUCCAAAGAGAUUCGAUGUUUUUCAUAUGAUCAUUCAUUCUAUAUGGCUCAGGAGGUUGAAUGUCCAAAUUCAACAUGAGUGACACCCAACUGACAGAUAUAAUUUGCACCAAGUAGUUACAAAAUCCAGAUUUUGACAGAUGUCCACCAUGCAAGACUGAUUGAUGGAAUAUAGGAUGUAAAGACUAGCUAAUUAGGAUAAUUAAAAUUUAUUUAACAUUUGAAUAAGGAUUUUAUCCAUUAGAAAGGAUUUAUUAUUUUAUUUUAUUGUUAUCUAUGUUCAAUAAAACAGAAUAUACAUUAGCAUCAUAUCAUUCUGUCUUUAAAUUAGAUUAAUGAUUUAAAUCUAAAUUUAUUUUUUUAUUA